UAUCAUCCAGAUGAUCCGGAUCUAAGUUCAGAUCCACGAAGUCCACGGAACUAGUUCUUGUCUGGGUGUCUUCAUCGCUUUUAAAUAGAGCUUAGACUUUGGCAGGGCGGCCUAGAGACGUGGGAUGCUCAAUUUUCCCAAAGUUGGACGACUCGAACGGACGCGCCAAAAUUGCUCACCCAUAGAUUACGGCUACAUCAUAUGCAGGAGUCUAAUAUUCUAGGCUUCUACUUACAGUUACAACUGUUACUGUUACCGUUACUAGUUGCUCAGAACGGUUACUAGUUGACCAACCCAGGAACAGCAUCCAGCAUCGUCACAUUACUUCGAUCGCUAACACAGAAAAUCUUCUUUCGGGUAAGUACUACUUCAGAGUUUAGUCGCUACUUCUAUCUCUAAUCAAAGAACAAAAGUUGAUGCAGGAGUUAAGACUUACUUUUAUUCAUCUUAAGAGGCAUCUUUGAUCCCUUUUUCAAGAGGGAACUGCGUCAAAGAUGCUUUCCAAGAUGAAUAAAAGUAAGGUCUAAAGGAGGCGGCGGCUUUGAUCGACUAUGAAAAACUUGCAUUGUUGUGGGCGCAAUUCCUUGUUCCGGUGAUAAUUACAAUGCUGGCACCGGCGUUCUCGAGGACUGACCUAUUGGAUCGCAUGGUGCAACACCUUCCCAAACCCGCAGAGCGGGUGAUCCGCCAAGACUCAUACAGUCAGUUGAUGAAAAGUCUCUGCACAACUGUACGAAGUACUUAUUUGAUUGCGAAAUAAUGUUUGAGAACAGUACUCUUUUGCAGAUGAACCAGAUGAUUGAAGACGCAAAUUGAAAAAAAAAUGAAAACGGAUGCAUUCAUUGAAGACACACGACCACCA